GUCCGCGCCCGGGGCCGCCGCGCCCGCCCGCCCGCGCCGCGGACCUCGCGCCUGGGAUGAGCCAGGGAUGCGCGUCCGCCGGCCUCGCGGCUCCUCGCGGCUGGGCGCGGGGCGAUGGACCUGGGCAUGAAGAAGUUCACGGUGCGCAGGUUCUUUUCCGUCUACCUGCGCAGGAAGUCGCGCUCCAAGAGCUCCAGCCUGGGUCGGCUCGAGGAGGAGGGCCUCGUGAAGGAGAUCGACAUCAGCCUCCACGUGAAGGAAGGCUUCGAGAAGGCGGACCCCUCCCAGUUCGAGCUGCUCAAGGUUUUAGGACAGGGGUCGUACGGGAAGGUGUUCCUCGUGAGGAAGGUCACGGGACCCGACGCGGGCCAGCUCUACGCAAUGAAGGUCCUCAAGAAAGCCACCCUGAAAGUGCGUGACCGAGUCCGAUCCAAGAUGGAGAGAGACAUCCUGGCGGAAGUGAAUCACCCCUUCAUCGUGAAGCUUCACUACGCCUUCCAGACCGAAGGCAAGCUCUACCUGAUUCUGGACUUCCUGCGUGGAGGGGACCUCUUCACUCGGCUCUCCAAAGAGGUGAUGUUCACUGAGGAGGACGUCAAGUUCUACUUGGCGGAGCUGGCCCUGGCUCUGGACCACCUCCAUGGCCUCGGCAUCAUCUACAGAGACUUGAAGCCCGAAAACAUCCUCCUGGAUGAAGAGGGGCACAUUAAAAUCACAGACUUCGGCCUGAGCAAGGAGGCCAUCGACCACGACAAGCGGGCCUACUCGUUCUGCGGCACCAUCGAGUACAUGGCGCCCGAGGUGGUGAACCGGCGCGGGCACACGCAGAGCGCCGACUGGUGGUCCUUCGGUGUGCUCAUGUUCGAGAUGCUCACGGGGUCCCUGCCGUUCCAAGGGAAGGACAGGAAGGAGACGAUGGCGCUCAUCCUCAAGGCGAAGCUGGGGAUGCCGCAGUUCCUCAGCGCGGAGGCCCAGAGCUUGCUCCGCGCGCUCUUCAAGCGGAACCCCUGCAACCGGCUGGGUGCCGGCGUGGACGGAGUGGAGGAGAUUAAGCGCCAUCCGUUCUUUGUCACCAUAGACUGGAACAAGCUGUACCGGAAGGAAAUCAAGCCUCCCUUCAAGCCGGCGGUGGGCAGGCCGGAGGACACCUUCCACUUCGACCCCGAGUUCACCGCCCGGACCCCCACAGAAAGUCCGACUCCCCGGGGGGUCCCGCCCAGCGCCAACGCGCACCACCUGUUCCGAGGAUUCAGCUUCGUGGCCUCCAGCCUGGUCCAGGAUCCCUCGCCGCAGGGGGAGCACGCGGCUCCCGUCCACCCCCAUCCCCCUCUGUCCCCCCCGCAGCAGCUACACUGGAACAACGUCCACUUCACCGACGGCUACGAGAUCAAGGAGGACAUCGGGGUGGGCUCCUACUCCGUGUGCAAGCGGUGUGUGCACAAGGCCACGGACACGGAGUACGCCGUGAAGAUCAUCGACAAGAGUAAGAGAGACCCGUCGGAAGAGAUCGAGAUCCUGCUGCGCUACGGACAGCACCCCAACAUCAUCACCCUCAAAGACGUCUACGACGAUGGCAAGUUCGUGUACCUGGUGACGGAGCUCAUGCGCGGCGGGGAGCUCCUGGACCGCAUCCUGCGGCAGCGCUGCUUCUCGGAGCGCGAGGCCAGCGACGUGCUCUGCACCAUCGCCAAGACCAUGGACUACCUGCACGCCCAGGGGGUCGUCCACCGGGACCUGAAGCCCAGCAACAUCCUGUACGUGGACGAGUCCGGCCACCCCGAGUCCAUCCGCAUCUGCGACUUCGGCUUCGCCAAGCAGCUGCGCGCCGAGAACGGGCUGCUCAUGACGCCCUGCUACACCGCCAACUUCGUGGCCCCCGAGGUCCUGAAGCGGCAGGGCUACGACGCGGCGUGCGACGUGUGGAGCCUCGGCAUCCUGCUCUACACCAUGCUGGCGGGGUUCACCCCCUUUGCCAACGGGCCGGACGACACCCCCGAGGAGAUCCUGGCGCGGGUGGGCAGCGGCAAGUACGCCCUGUCCGGGGGAAGCUGGGACUCGAUAUCCGACGCGGCCAAGGUGAGCGGGGCCCCGGGUGCCGGCAGCCCGUAG